GUGAGGAUGCACCCGAGCUCCGCGUCCUCGACGCCCUUCUCCGUCAGGGAUAUUCUGAGUCUGAAUUACAGUAGCGACUGGGAGAGCUGUUUUUGGAUGAGUGAGCAGGUUGUUCCCGUGCAGCCCCAUCAGGAUGCUGCACCUCAAAACUUCUACAACUGUCCGGCUGAGCAGAGUUUGCAGGAGAGGAUGCGAAGUUCCAGCUCAGCAGCAGCCGAAAAAGGUGUGAUCGGUGCUGACAGUCCACCACACAGUGAGCAGGACCCCAAAAGCCGCGCCGGCCUGCACAGGAAGCCCCGGGUCCUCUUCUCUCAGUCCCAGGUGUCCGAGCUGGAGAGGCGCUUCAGGCAUCAGCGCUACCUGUCCGCCCCGGAGAGAGAACACCUAGCGCACGUGCUCAAGCUCACCUCCACGCAGGUUAAAAUAUGGUUCCAGAACAGGAGGUACAAAUGCAAGCGCCAGAGACAGGACAAGUCUCUGGAGCUGGCGGGGUACCCGUCGGCCCCGAGGCGCGUGGCGGUGCCAGUGCUGGUGAGGGAUGGGAGGCUGUGCAGCGCGGGGGCCCCGUCAGCCCCCUACAACGUGACUGUCGGACAUUACAACGCCGUGUUCGGCUGCGGGGGCAGCUUGUAUGACUGCAGCUGUCACAGUUACCUUUCGCCGCGCAUGUGCCCCACAACCAGAAUGUGACAAAUGUCAGAGAGGGGCCCCUCUGCCACGAAAAGACCCAAACUUUCCAUGUGGAUUGAAGUGGAAGAAAAGAUAUAUUCAUGUAAAAAAUAAAUAUUUUGUGUGAAAAUUUAACUUUAAUAUCUUUCUGUAGCUAAAAUCUCAA